UUGACGUCCAUAAAAUCCUUGUACGCUGGGAUUUGGGUUGCCGUGGCUCUUUACCGCGUUCACAGAAAACACCAGGCACGGAAUUCGACAGCGUUCCGAGUGGCAGGAUUCCGGUAGCAAGUAUUCCGUUGGUAUUUGGGAAACGAUCUCACGAUGGGCUUAAUGGACAGUCUCGGUCUCAGCGGUCUCGCUGGUGGCGUCCAGCGAAUGGACAAGCGACAGUUUCUGUUCCAAAUGCUCAGCUUUGGGAUGAUCGUUUCAUCCGCACUAAUGAUCUGGAAGGGACUGAUGGUCGUCACUGGCAGCGAAUCCCCGAUUGUCGUUGUGCUUAGCGGUAGCAUGGAACCGGCUUUCCAUCGUGGCGACUUGCUGUUCCUCACGAACCAGGACGAACCUGUCCGCGUCGGAGAGAUCGUUGUGUUCAAAAUAGAAGGACGGGACAUUCCGAUCGUCCAUCGAGUGAUUAAACUGCACGAAAAGAGCAACGGUACGGUAAAAUUCCUCACGAAAGGUGACAACAACUCGGUCGACGAUCGAGGUCUGUACGCGCCGGGGCAGCUUUGGUUGACCAAGAAGGACAUUGUAGGUCGAGCGAGAGGUUUCCUCCCGUACGUCGGCAUGAUAACGAUCUACAUGAACGAGUAUCCUAAGCUAAAGUAUGGAAUAUUGGGACUGCUAGCGUUAUACGUAUUGGUGCACAGAGAAUAGGAAAAUGUCGUUUGUGAGUUGAAAUCGUCACAGCAUUUCGCAGCGCCUCUCUUCAAAGCAUUCAGUUUUGUUAACACGUUGCAAUCGCCCAAUGGAUCCCCCUAGGCAGCCGAUUCUGUUUGGAAGAAUUCGGCAGGCAACCAUCUGGUAUCUCACAAGAAACGCAUAAAUAGGGUGAUGAAAAAAAUAAUGCAUAAAUAAAACACUACUUAAAUAAUUCCUUUCGCGUUUCC